AUGGAUGCCUCAGAUCCUAGUCACAGUCGUGUGAAGCGAGACGUGGAGGAAAGUCUGGAGGGAAGGGAUUCUAGAGUUGAAGAAGAUGAAGAGUGGAAUGGCUCUGAUAAGAGGAAGCACAGGUCGAGCAACAAAUUGAGACAGCAUAGCAGCAGCACUGUUGAAGCUGAGGAAAGAGAAACUGGAAAGAGGAAGAGUUCUGGAGAGAGGAAUGAUGGGAGGAGGAAGUCUGGCGUCUCCAGCCGCGCAGACAGUGGUGACGAUGAGGAUUAUGACGUGAGAAGAGAGUCGCGUUCCAAAGUUCCAAAGAAGAAUCAAGAGGACAGGAGUGAGAAGAGGUCUGGUGAUGGAUACCGAGAAAGAGAAUCUGAGAGCAGCCGGAAGGUCAGAGGAGAGGAUAAUGAGAAGUCUUCUUCAAGGAAAACAAGCGUAAAAUCAUCUGGGCACGAGAGCGCUCAGAGCAGAAGCAGGACCAAAGCGGAUGGGUCACAUGAGAGUGAGCUAGAGAAAGUGCAGACAAAAGAUUCAAGAUAUACUGAGAGAAAAGAGAGCCAUAGGGACAAAAGUCAUAGUUCGCGCGAUCAGGAGAAGAGUCAUUCCCGUAGAAAAUGGGAUGAAAAUGAUUUGGGAAGAAAAGCCGAAGACGGUAGCUAUGCUGAUAGAUCUGAUUCAAGGGGUGGAAAGGCUUCUGAUCACAAUAAGCAAGGGUCUUCCAAGGAAAGAGCGGAUUCUAGAAAUGAUCUUGGAGACGCCAAAAGUGGACUUUUGGACUCGGUUGUUGAUAGGAGUGAUAGAUCAGGUAAUGCAGAUGAAAGAAGGGUUGAUGGAGACAGCAAUAAGGGAAGACCCGAGGUCAAGGAUGAUGAAAGCAGAUCAGCACGUGAUACUAGGUUUGAGGGAGACGUGAAGGAUGAAAAACAAAGGAGAAACCGAGAUAGGUCUGUGGAGGAUAUAGAGCCUAGUUCCCAUAGGACCAGCUCUAGAUCACAAGGUGAGAAGUCAGAUAAGCACAAGCAGCACCGGGACAUUCGUGAGAAAUCCGUUAAUGUUGAUGAUGAUGGGUAUGGACGGAGUAGGGAUAGAAGUGUUAGGGAGUCUAGGGAAAGGAGGCACAGUAAAAGGUCACACUCUCCUGAAAGAAAACAUUACAAGGAGUCAGAUGAUGCGGACCGAGGGCUGUCUGAGUCAGACAAUGAGAAAAACUUAAACACUCGAGACAGAGAUGGAUACAGGGAUUCUCGAUCGUCCAAGGGAAAGGAUGGAUACAGGGAUGAUAGAAACAGGGAUCGUGAGGUUUCUAAAGAUCACUGGAGAAGAAGCCAUGCAACUAGACAGGACAGAGAAAAUAAAGAUCGUGAUGCUGAGUUAGAUUAUGACAAGGAUUGGGAUGGUGAUAAAUAUCAUAGUCGAUCUACCCAUAGAAAAGACAGUCGAGGCAGGAAUGAAGCUACUAAAGCAUCAUCUGGUUUUGGAAAUGUGAAUGACCAUUCUGAUACAAUAGAGAUCAGACCUAAUAAGAAUCUUGAUUUUGGACGAGAGAGCUCUGUUUCAACCCUUCAAGGGAGGAGAUCUGAAGGAGGCGUAACAUCGGAAUUUCCUUCUGGAGUGAGUGACGAAGAAUGGGCUUAUACAGCUGAGAAUAGAAGCAAAGCUUCUUUUGGGCAAGGAGAUGAUCCACAGGAAAGAUACGGAGAUGAUGGUUCACCCAUGGAUCAAAACUAUAGUAGAAAUUCUUUUGACACCCAGGGCUCCAAAGGAAGAGCCCAGAAGAGUAUCAUGAAUUCUAAUCGUACAGGUGUUGUCCAGAUUGUUGGUAACGGUUCACAACCACCAUUUGGAAAUAAUCAAGGAUCAAGUUCUAUCAAUAGGUCCGUUCAGCAAGGUGCAAAAAUGGGAAGGUCCAUGAGAGGUGGAAGAGGAAGAUUGCCAGGCAGGGAUGUCCAACGGGGAGGGAUACAGUUGCCCAUGUUAGGACCUCCCUUUGGUCAUCUUGGAUUGCCACCAGGAGCCAUGCCACCAAUUGGACCAAAUAUGUCUCCCUCUCCAGGACCACCAAUUGGGCAUGGCGUAUUUCUUCCAGGAUUUCCUCCUGUUGUUUGGCAAGGAGGGCGUGGGAUUGAUAUGAAUAUGCUAGGUGUUCCUCCUGCACUUUCUCCUCUUCCUACUGGACCUUCUGGGCCCAGGUUUCCACCUGGUAUGGCAGCUGGGCCUAACCAUGGUAUGUACUUUAAUCAACCUGGACCUGGCAGAGGAGUUCCCCUGAAUACGCCAAAUCCUGAAUUCACUGCCAUUGGACCAGUGAGUCGUGGGAUGCCACAUGAUAAAGCGCCUGGUGGAUGGACCCCAUCAAGAAUGAGUGGACCACCUGGCAAGGCCCCUUCAAGAGGAGAGCAAAAUGACUACUCUCAAAAUUUUGUUGAUACUGGUAUGAGACCCCAGAAUUUCAUCAGAGAGCUGGAGCUCACAAGUGUUGUGGAGGAUUAUCCUAAGCUCAGGGAGCUGAUUCAGAAAAAAGAUGAAAUAGUAGCAAAAUCUGCUACUCCACCAAUGUAUUAUAAAUGUGACCUCCGUGAGUUUGCACUAAGCCCCGAGUUCUUUGGCACCAAGUUUGAUGUGAUUCUUGUGGAUCCUCCCUGGGAGGAAUAUGUUCAUCGAGCACCAGGUGUUGCUGAUCAUAUGGAAUCUUGGACGUUUGAAGAGAUCCAAAACCUUAAGAUCGAGGUAACUAUCCUUAUCUUCAGAUGUCCCACUUUUUUUAUACGGUUUCUGUUUAGAUUAUAACUACGUUAUCUGUGUUCACAUCCUCAGGCUAUCGCUGACACUCCCUCAUUUAUCUUCCUCUGGGUUGGGGAUGGUGUGGGCCUUGAGCAAGGUCGUCAGUGCCUAAAGAAGGUAGCCAGCUAUGGAAUUUACUCUUUUACUUUUAAAGUUUCCUUUAAUCAGGUUCCUGUUGUUGUGUUUUAUACUGACUUUUAUUUUUCUUCUCUUACUGUUUGGUUACUUGAAUCUGGUAAAUACAUAGUGGGGCUUUAGGAGGUGCGAAGACAUCUGUUGGGUGAAGACCAAUAAGACAAAUGCUGCUCCAUCUUUACGUCAUGACUCCCACACAUUGUUUCAGCAUUCUAAGGUUAGUGAAUGGACCCAUUGGUUCCGUUACCUCAGUGCAUAGUUGUUUUGGUAGUCAGCGUCCUGUCAUCUAUUCCUCCACUUUCUGGCUGUCCUUUUCUUCAGCUCGUCAUCUUUUCCCUUAUUUUUUUGGUUAGGAACAUUGCCUGAUGGGCAUAAAAGGAACUGUUCGCCGCAGCACCGAUGGUCAUAUUAUCCAUGCUAAUAUUGACACGGAUGUUAUUAUUGCCGAAGAACCUCCUUAUGGUUAGUACCAUGUUACCCAAAAAAAUCAGUCUAUAAUUCGGUUUUUUUCCUCUGAUAUUACCUGUUGGGGCAUAAAAGGAGGAGCUCCAAUUGUAUUGAGAGCGUAAGAUGGGAAGUACUGCUGAUUGAUGGUGGUGAUGAUGAUGAUUCUAAUGAUAAUCUCAUGGCGGCCUUUCACUGCACUAGUUAUAUUUAUGGUUGAAAUUUCAAGCCAAGCAUUGUUCAUAUGGUUGCAUUUGGAUUAUGAAAUCUAGUCUAGACUUGCUCCUUUUUCCUUUAUGGCUAGAAAUAUAAGAUUUUAAUUAACAUUCUUUUUUAAUCUGGGAUUACUUAAUGGAGAUUCUCUGCUGAGAUUAGGAGUUCAUUUGAUCUCUUAAUGACCCUGCAAUUAAAUAUUCAUCUUACAGUAAUCUCACAGUCCAGUCGAAGUGCUAAAACAUAGAGCCCAUUGAUCCCCUAAUCUCACUGUAGAUUUUGAUAGUAAGUUAUUUUCGCCUUGUGCACAACCUUUUGACCCAUCUCCCUCCAUUACAUAAAGCCGAAAAUAAUCAAAUCUGAAUUCUGAUUCCGUCCCAUGAUUACCAUCCGGAUAUUGCUUUCAAUUUAGGACGGUGGGGCCAUAUUUGAUGACUCCAUUACCAGACGGUUGAUCUUCUGGGUAUUGCUCUGUUUUUGGCUUCCAGUUCAAGAAGAUCCUCGCUCUUAUACACAGCUUAAUUUUCCCAAACACCCUGUGCGCAACACUUACGGUCAAUGUGGCCACCCCAGGUUCAACCACGAAGCCAGAAGAUCUGUAUCGAAUCGUGGAGCACUUUUCUUUGGGCCGGAGGAGAGUCGAGCUCUUCGGCGAGGACCACAACAUCCGCUCAGGCUGGCUCACCCUCGGCAAAGAGCUAUCCUCUUCAAAUUUCAACAAGGAGGUAGAAUGAUCUGCUGUUUUCCCCUCCAUUAAUGGGCAAUUCCUGCCCAGUUUGGAACUGUGACAAGUGUCGUUCUCUCAGGCAUACUGCAAGAACUUCGCCGACAAGGACGGGAAGGUCUGGCAGGGCGGCGGCGGGCGGAACCCGCCGCUGGACGCUCCCCACCUCGUCGUCACAACCCCAGAUAUCGAAAGCUUGAGGCCCAAAUCGCCGCCACAGAAGAACCAGCAACAGCAGUCCACAUCUCUCUCCACCACCGCCAGCUCGAGCAAGAGGACGACCGGAAAUUCUCCCCAGAACCCGUCGGGCUCCUCUGUGCACAUUCUGAACCAGGACCCCUCCGCCCCCAGCCCUCUUGCUCCGCCGGCAUGGACUCCCCCCAUGGGGAGCUUCAAGGCGGCGGCGGCGGCGGUGGUGGUGCCCACAGAGGCAGCUAGCACAGUCGGUGGCGGCGCCGCCGAUGAGAAGUUUUUUGAUGGGUACCCCCCCACUUUCACAGCGCCUUCUCUACAACCAGCCGGAGAUGCUCUUGAGUUUGACCCACAGGCCCCCCUCAAUUUGUAG